AUGGAAAUUUACUACGAAUUCGAAUAUUCGAAUAGUCGAAUAUUCGAUGACGGUUCACUUGAUUGCCGCCAAAGAACGUUCAACUGGCGGCGGACUGCUUACAGCUACCACCGACUACUUCGUCGUUGUCUGCGUCAACGGCCGUUGUGUUUUUGUGACAAGGAGAAAAACGAUAAAAUAUUACUACAGAAGAAGGGGGGUGGGAAAGGAACGGACCAGCGAGAUUCCAUCGAGGACGGCAACAAACUUUUCUCCGAUCGCAAAGGCCACCCGACGGCAUGUGAUGAAGGCGUGAGCACCGACGCCACAAUCCGUAUACCUGACGACUUCAGCGGAGACUAUACUCGACGAACACUUAUCACGUCACUGAAAAGUGCGGACGACAAACUCAUGAGCCACGAUUGA